AUGUUCAAAGGAGCUCUGGCUCCAACGAUAGCAAUUGCUCUGUUCCAAUGGUCUGCUUAUGCGCAAGCUUAUACAACGAUCGGUUACAUCGUUGGCAUAAUGGCCGUCAUCUCCAUAGUGAUCGCCCCACGUACGAAAUUCCUACAGACUAUGAUCAUCAACAUAGUAUUCUCUGGCAUCGCAUACGCCGUGUCACUCUUGGCCAUGUUCUGUACGGUGAAGGCCAGGUUGAACAGCACCGGCCCUGAGAUGCCUGGUCGAGGUGGGCCUGGGACGAGUGGACUGGCGGCCACUGGUGCAGAGACGGCCAAUUACAAUUCCUCGGCAUCGGCGGUUGCUGGGGUUUGGUUGUUCGUGGAGAUAUACAUCAUCAGUGUAAUUCGUGCCCAGGGCCCCCAGUACACAGUACCAGGAAUACAAGUCGCCAUCUUUGCAGUAGUCUCUUCUACGUACGGACCCCAAUUCAACACCAUGGAGGCUGCUUCUAACUUCGCUUGGAGGCUACUGAGCGCCUUUUACACGGGAUUUGCCAUUGCCACGAUAGUUUCGCUAUUGAUUUUCCCGCUGACCAGCCGCCAGGUCGUGUUCAAGACAUUGGGUGCUUACAUCAUAUCCUUGAGAGAAGCGAUCGAGGCUAACAUGGUUUACAUGCAAAGUCUGGAAGAGACAGAUAUGUUUGCAGCGCAACGGACCAACUCCAAAGGCGCAAAGCCAGAGAGAAGUCCUGAAGUUGAAGCAUUCAAACUCAAGGUGCAAAACUUAGCAGUGCUCAGCAGUAAACUACAGGGCGACCUUCCAUUUGCCAAGAGAGAAAUCGCCGUGGGUAAACUUGGACCAGACGACAUUCAAACCAUUUUUCGCUUGCUGAGGGCUAUCAUGGUCCCGGUCGUUGGGCUCAGCUGCAUGUCUGAUGUUUUUGAAUUGACCGCCGAGAGAAGAGGUUGGAACAGAAGUUACAGUGUGGCUGGGCUGACCAUGGACGCUGCAGAGGAUGAAGACCAGAAGAUUCGGAUUGAGAUUGUCAACGAAUGGCACGAAUUGAUGAAGGCAUUGAAAGAGCCAUUUCAACUUAUGACCAAUGUCAUCAGUCAGGGGCUCGAACACAUCCUCAUCGUAUCACGACUCGGGCCGAAAGCUCGAACGAAGUCGAAGGCCGAAGAUUUGGAAUCUGAAGGAUCAGACCCGAAGCCAGGCGAUAAAACCUUUUCGACCUUCUUCCGGGCACAAGCGGAGAUGUUCCUGAAGACCAAAGAAAUGAUGCUGAGGAGCUGGUGUAGGCUACAUGACAUCGACCUGCCAUCAGACUUCUUUGAGCAUCCGGAUCGGGAAGACUUCCAGGCUCCAUCAUGGAUGAAUGAGGGCACCAUGUCUCCCACGCAUCAAGCAUUGCGAAAGCAAUUGUUCUUGUGCCUCUAUCUUGAGUUCUUACUCUUCAAUUUGGCUCGACGGACCCACACCUUGAUGAUUGCAAUUGAUACGAUGCGUGACAAUGGGAAGCUCAGCAGAACACGUCUCGUGGUCCCAGGAUACAAACGCCUUCGCAAAUGGGCUUUGAGUUUCUGGAUCACACGACAGGAUACCCACGGCGAUGAUGAGCGGGAUACAGACGGCAUGACCACAACGAUCUAUCUAGGAGAGGCGUAUAAGGCGAGAAAGGAUCCCGAGCACCUACAGCCUGCGAAUGCGUGGGAGAAGUUCACCAAUCAAUUCAGAAGGAUUUCACAUCUUCUCAGCUCCCCUGCCUCGUCAUUUGGCUUCCGGUGUGCCUGUGCAACCAUGUCUGUUGCUGUCAUCAGCUUUCUCUACCAAACCCAGACAUUCGCAACGACGGAAAGAUUCUUUUGGGCGCAGAUCAUGAUUGCCAUUAGCAUGAGCCCCUCAGCUGGUCAGAGCCUGCGCAACUUCCUAUUGCGAAUCCUUGGCACCAUCGUUGCCAUGCUUCUUAGCUUGAUCACAUGGUACAUCGUUGAUGGGAAAGUCGCAGGAGUCCUGGUCUUCUUAUUCAUAUUUCUCCAUCUCGGGUCGUAUGUUCUGAUCAAAUAUCCGCAGUACACUCCGGUCGGAAUGAUUGGGCAAAUCACACUGAUUCUUAUCAUUGGCUAUGAGUUGCAGGUUGAGAAGCUUGGGAUCGAGACUGCAACCUCGAAUGGCCAGAGAUACUAUCCGAUCUAUGAACUUGGCCCCAUCAGACUUGCGACCGUUUGUGCUGGUCUACUAAUUGCCUGGUUCUGGACAAUAUUUCCAUACCCGAUCACGGAGCACAAUCAAAUGCGCAACGGAUUGAGCCAGGCUCUAUACCUCCUAGCCAAUUAUUACUCCGUGAUGCACGAAACAGUAUUUAUUCGACUCCGCGAUAUUGACUGUACCCGCAAGGAUAGCCCGGCACAUCAAUUGGAGAAGAUGCGAUUGAAACUCUACUCGAAAGCAAGUCUUACAAUUCAGAAUCUUCGCGCGCAGAGCCAAUUCCUUAAAUUCGACAUCCCAAUAGGAGGCAGAUUCCCUGGUGAGAAGUAUCAAAAGCUGGUCGAUGAAAUGCAGUCCAUGCUCAAUUUCAUGUCACUCGUAUCACUCGCUUCUUCGACUUUCGAAAAUGUCCGAAACGACUAUCCCGAUGCAGGCGGCCAACGCUGGCUCCGCAGCCUCCGCAAAGUCGUGGGCGAAGCCGAGAUGACCUCUCAGGAAAUAACCACCACACUCUCCCUCAUGUCCGCCGCUGUCUCUGCUGGGCACCCCCUACCGCCCUACCUGCGUAUUCCUGAGGCAUACCUUCUCGAGCAGAAGCUGGAUACCCUCGAUAGAGACCUCUUGAGCGUCCGACACAUCGCAGAGCCGGGCUAUGCGAGCUUUGCAGUCAUGCAGGUCGGGUCACGAUGUAUUAUUGAUGACAUGAAGAGAGUCAUGGCAGGCGUAAAGGAUCUGGUCGGCGAGUUGGAUUUCUCAUACCAUAUCAUUAGUACUAGCGAUGCUUCCGAGAGUGAUAGGUCGGCCGAGAGCUUAAUUCAUAAAAGGCCUGUGGAGAUGCGGCAAAGUAGUAGUAGCGGGAGUGCUAAUCAAGCACGGAAGCUGGACUGA